AUGCAAACGGACACAAUCAUCACAACUGUACAGCCAAAAAAACUCAACCUUCCCUCGUCUUCAGACUCCCUUUCGCCUUUUACACUUGGAUCAACGCCGCAUGUUUCCUCCUCCACUCCCAACUCGCCACCAACUCAUCCACACCGUCAACGACGACGUUCAAAUACUUUCUCCGGCAGGUCGAAAAAGGAUUCUCACAUUAUCGAGCAGAUAGAUCCUUUCCUUCUCGUGUCUCUUCGCAACAUUCAAGCACUGCCUAGACCCGAGUGGAUUGGCUUGUUAUAUGUGCUAGCGUUCUUGGAUGUAGCUGCUGUUUCGGCAUGUACUGCUGCAUUAGUGUUGGCAAGAUCACAUCCUUCUGAGCCUUGGAAAUGGCAGAAUGGAAGUUGGGACUUGUUUGCGUUGGGUGAAUUGCGAGCGUUGAUUGUUAUUAUUGUUGCGUCUUCGACUAGGAUUCGAAAUCUUGGAUGGAUAGUUGGUGGUAUAUGUGGGGUCUCUACUCUAUACGCGAUAUUCAAAUUCAAUCUUCUCCUCCAAUCUAAACGUGAAACGCAUGGCUUGCAAUGCGCCAUCCUUAUUAGUACAUUGGUUUUUUCUCAACUACACUGGAUCACGUAUGCUAUAUUAACGGCGGAUACUAGACGACGGGAUCGAUUGUUGAAGCUGAGUGGUAUAGAUUUUGAGGAAGAACGGAGAGACAAUGAAGAGAGAAUCGCUGAAAUUAGCGACGAUGAAGGCCGAGGUCUGUUGACUGUAACAGCUGAUUUGCCGCCACCCGCUAUUCCCCGUAAUUAUGGAUCAACUGACGUCGGGAAUAAUAAAUCGGACAUCGAUCACACAUUUGAUGCUGCAUGA